GGAGCGAGCAGGAAGGCAAGAGACAGAGCGAACCGAAACGGGCAGCGCAGAGCACACACCACAGCGCACAGUGAAGUGUGAAGAAGCAGUGAAAAAGAAACACCUCACCCGUGUCGUGCGCGUAGGUCGUGUUUCGUUUCGUAGUUUUUUUCCUGAAACAAUCGCUGAAUUUUCAAAGGCUUCCUUAGUUUUUUCGUGACCUCGCCGCGCGGACCACGGGGAACGUGCGUCAACCUAGCCAAAGCACAGCGCACCAACCAUCUGGGUAAGGUGUUGUGUGUGUGUGUGUUUCCGUCAGCACUUCCACGUUUUUGUGGCCGUUCUGCUUGGUGCCGUUCCUGUUCCUGUUCCGUGCCCCGCACACACGCGCGCGCGUCUCCCAUUCCGCCCCUGCCAAGUGUCUGCGUGUGUGUGUGAGAGUGUGUGCGUCACAACCGUGUCCCACAUGGACUCCGGAGUCGGCCAACUCGAUGCUACCAUCUCGAAUCGGUAGUCAAACGUGAGUUUCUUGCAUUUAUAAAAAAAAAUCGAAUCUUUUUCCCCCCUGGUUCCAUCUUGCAUCGCGCUGCUGCUUGUGGGGGAAUGUGUGUGUGUGUGGCUCCAGGGUAAAAAGGGUUGUUGCGUGUGCGUGUGCGAAGACGAUGACGGAGAGAGGGAGUUGUGUGGAUGUGCAUGAGUGUGUGUGAGUGUGGUUUGCAUAUUGAACGGCAGCAGGAGCCAUGGUGCGAGAGCUUGAAGUAUAUGAAGCAAAUGCGGGUGACCUUUCUGGUGCGUAAUUUGAAGCAUCUUGUGGCCAAAUUUCCACCCAUUGUGCCGUAAUGCGUCCGCUUUAGGUCAUCACUGGCGCCACUGGAAGUCCUUCAAACGCUGUGGCAGAGUCCGAGCAGCCAUCAUUGGCUCUGUGUGUGCGGCUGCCUGCUGCGACGCAAAGUGCACACCCAUACAGCGACAAUCGGCCGCCAUCAUCGCAUGGAAGUUAAUUUCGGGUUGUGUCUCGCGGUCAGGUUUAAUAAAUGCUCCGCUCUGCCAUCGAAUGUGUGCGCUUGAUUUAAAGCAGGUUAGGAACAGUGUGUUUGGGUGUGUGGAGUGUGUAUGAGCGUGUGCGUGCACAGUAAAAGCCAGCAAAAGAGUGACGAGGGGGCUGUUAAAAGGAGCAAUUUUUGACACAACAAAGGAAGUUCUCGGCUGGUCUGGAUUAAACGUAGCCCCGUAGACGUGGUCCGUGCGUCUGUGUUGGUUGAUGUAGAGGAAGAGAGAAGGAAGGGAGAUGGGGCACAUCAUAAAGUGUAAAAUACGCAAUCAGCCUGGUCAGUAGUGUGCGUGUGUUACGGAACGCAAGGCUUUUACAUGCGUACACAAACACACACACACACACACACACACACACACACACACACACACACACACACACACACACACACACACACACACACACACACAUACAAAUGCACACAGUCGCAGUCGGGUGGCAGUGCUGCCUGCCCUGAAUUACAUAUGCGCGCUGACUGCUGCAGUGCUGCCAGCAAUACACUUUGUUUCGAAUCUGUCACUGAACGUUGUCAAACGCGAGAUAGGAUACGUGUUUGUGUGUGUGUUAUUAGAAGAACAAAAAGCAACGUUAGAAAAGGAAGCAAAUAUAUGCCCUGCGGGUGCGUAUGUGUGUACCGUUUGUGAGAGGAAAAGAGACAGAAGAGUGUAGCAACGCACACACACACACACGUUCACGCAACACACUCGCAUAACCCUGGGCGCCUGCAAGCGUGUGUGCGUGCGAAGUGUAGCAGUGUACGUGCAGGAAGCGACCGAAUAGAACGACGGAGCGCCGCCAGGUAGCGCGAGCGCUGACCAAGAACUGACCCCAACACGACGGCAGAAGGCAGGCAGGCAGUCAUAUCAUUGUAUUGCACACGACCGAGCGCACACGUUUUCUGUCCCGAGGAACCAUUUCCCAAGUCGUCUCCUCUGUCGCUUAUCUCUGUGUGCCCUUUAUUGUUGUGUUGUGCUUCAUUGUGCAGUGCUGUGCGUGCCUUCCCGCUGCCUGUGUAGAGCAGGGCCAAAGAUGGUGGCGGCGGCCACCCUUGUGUGUCGAAGUCGUAGUCGUUGCUGGUGACGACAGAGUGUAGUAGGCGGCGCUGUGGUGUGGCGUGAACCGUCCAUUUUGUCCGUGAGACAAACGGCAGGGCAGCAGCAGCAGCAGCAGGAUCAUCCGCUCCGGAGCAGUCAAAAGAGCGGCAACGACGACGGGGCGAUCGCGAGUGGCAGGUGGAGGUGCGCAGAAGAGGAAGACUAAAUCGUAACAGCCCAGCAAGGAGGACGAAAAGCACGUGGCCGCGUGAACUAAAGCUUGGCUAAAGCACUCACACACAUCCCGCUAACACCAGAGUCGUCCACUGACGCCACUGCAACCACACAGACACCACCAGUCAUGGAGCUGCGCGUUGGCAACAAGUACCGGCUCGGGCGGAAGAUCGGUUCCGGCUCGUUCGGGGACAUCUAUCUCGGCACGAACAUCUCCACCGGCGAGGAGGUCGCGAUCAAGCUCGAAUGCAUCAAGACAAAGCACCCGCAGCUGCACAUCGAGAGCAAGUUCUACAAAAUGCUCCAGGGCGCGGUCGGCAUCCCGACGAUCAAGUGGUGCGGCUCGGAGGGCGACUACAACGUGAUGGUGAUGGAGCUGCUCGGCCCGUCGCUCGAGGAUCUGUUUAACUUUUGCUCGCGCCGCUUCACGCUCAAGACGGUGCUGCUGCUCGCCGACCAGAUGAUCUCGCGCAUCGACUUCAUCCACUCGCGCAGCUUCAUCCACCGGGACAUCAAGCCGGACAACUUCCUGAUGGGGCUCGGCAAGAAGGGCAACCUGGUGUACAUCAUCGACUUCGGGCUGGCGAAAAAGUACAAGGACUCGCGCAGCAUGUCCCACAUCCCGUACCGGGAAAACAAAAACCUCACCGGCACGGCCCGGUACGCCUCGAUCAACACGCACCUGGGCAUCGAGCAGUCGCGCCGGGACGAUCUCGAGUCGCUCGGGUACGUGCUGAUGUACUUCAACCUCGGCACGCUGCCCUGGCAGGGGCUGAAGGCGGCCAACAAGCGCCAGAAAUACGAGCGGAUCUCGGAGAAGAAGCUGUCCACGCCGGUCGAGGAGCUGUGCAAGGGGUACCCGCGCGAGUUCAGCCUCUAUCUCGCGUACUGCCGCCACAUGGACUUCAUCCAGCGGCCGGACUACUGCUAUCUGCGCAAGCUGUUCCGCACGCUCUUCCACCGGCAGGGCUUCGUGUACGAUUACGUGUUCGACUGGAAUAUGCUCAAGUUCGGGCGGCCGAACCUGAACGCGUUCACCAGCAUGAAGCGUGGCCAGAGCCGGACACCCAGUGCCACCCAGAACGAGCAGCAGCAGCAGCAACAGCAGCAGCAGCAGGUGCAACAGCAGCAGCAGGUGCAGCAGGUGCAGCAGCAGCAGCAACAGAAGCAAAUCGCCAACACCACCUCGGUAACGACGCCGUCCAAAGUGGCCGGUGGCGGCGGCGGUGUGGUAGUAGCCGGCGGCGUCAACAGCGUCAACAAUGCCAACAACAGCAGCAGCGUCGGUACCGCGCUCGUCGGCAGCCACGCGACCUCGGGCGGCGGCGUGGUCGGUGGCAACAGUGCGGCGACAGCGGCGGCCGUAGCGGCUGCCGCCGCCGCCGACAAGAACAAGGAAAUGUCGCCCCAGACGCGCCACCUGCUGCAGCAUUUCAUACGGACGGAGCUACAGAAGGGCCAGCCGCCGGGCGGGGCGGGUGGAAGCGUGCAGCAGCAGCAGCAACCGGGCGGCAUGGUGAUGGGCGGUGGGCCACAAACGCUCGGCGGCCAGCCGUCGGCACACAGUAACAACAUCAACAACAACAGUGGCGUCGGGGGCGGCGACCCGAGCGUGGAUGCGGCGGUAGUGGCAGCUUCCUUCUCGCGGCACGAAACGCCCGAGCGCCGCUCCUCGAUUCGUCUGCGCGGGCAAAAUCUGGACGCACGGAAUGCGGAAUAAUAUUAAAUGUUUCUCUAAUUUGUUUACUUCCAUCCCGCGCGCGCGCACACACACACCCACACUGUGUCGAUGUUCAAACUCGACACGCUCUGGACAAACACACACAGAGGAAUACACACGUUCUAAAGAAGAGAGUAGAAAUCUGUUCGAAAUAGUUUUUGGUGAUGUUUUUCUACAAAAAAAUCAAUUGCUUUUUGAGUUUUUGAAUUUUGUUCUCUCCAUUGCUCCGUUGGGUCAUCAGCAUCUAUCUCCCGAACAAAGUAUCCCUAUAAAAUGUUAGGUCAAAAAAAAAAAAAAAACAAUGGUCCAUUUCUCCAAACAGAUUCCAAACAAAUUUACAUCAUAGUAGGUAUCGAAUCAGAGACAACUCUCAAAACCAAUCACCUAGGUAACCAGUUAAACGCGCAAGCAAAGGAGAUAAACAGACGAGCUGUGGCUGCUUCAAAUGUGGGGUGGGGGAUAACAAGCGAACACACAAUUAGUGAUUGUGGAAUUAAGGAUGAUACCGCGUUUGGUACGAUAUUUGGCAUCUAUGGAUCAGUAGGGCUAGGACGUAAAAAACCGUUUUGCUCACCGCUUAGAAGCUCUCGCGCGUGUGUUGCUGUGAGCUGCGUGCGUGCGUUCGUGCGUGUAUGAUAGGAAGAGGAAACAUGAUGUGUAAGUAGCGCGCAUACGACUACGCUACAUGCCUAGCAAAACUAGUAAAACAAAGUAGAGAAAAGGGAAGUAAAAACGCGGCACACAUAAGUAGAGAGAGGUUGAUUUGCAAGAGAAUUAACGCUCGCGCGCCAGGACAAAGUCACUGUUCUUUAUUUUAAAGGCAUGUCGACUGAUAAUCCGAUCCCCCUCCAUAAACGUUUUGGAGUUACACACAAACAAACAAACAAACACACAAACACACAACCACACAGUUAAAGAGCAACACAGUGCUCUACUACCGCGCAAGGAUUAGAGGAGGAAAUCGCAUAGAAAAAAGGGGAAAAUCAAUCAAAUUAUGUGAACUUUUUCCUAGGUCAUACUCGCUUGUAUGUUGUUAUUUUAUUGUUUUCUUAUGUUUCGGUAAACUCAUUGUGAAGAGAGAGAGCGAGAGAGAAGAAAAAAAAACCAAUGCCUGUGCACGCUUCUGUUGAUUAUUUCCUUUACGUUUCCGCAUUGCCCAUACAUGAUCUUGUGCUGUCUUUUUGUAUCCUUCUAGCGUGUUCCUUCAGGUAGAGUUGUGUGCACGCGAUCAAUUUGCGUCACGCUCACUUGAUCAUUUACCGUCAGGCAGGAACCGGACGGACAAAACGCGCGAUCCUUUUUUCGUUUUUUGUCUCAGGAUUAAGUGCGCGCUUCGUUGUAGGUUUAUUAUUUGUUUGUUUUUUUUUUUUCAUGUGAUUGCAAUGAUCAAGACGUUGCCACUGUUAAGAAGCGCAUUUUUUUUUGCGAAGUUUGCUAAUGAAGAGCUUUCACUCCAUCUCCACCCACCCCCAAAUCACACAUACACACGCGCAUCGUCGACCAAUGCCAAUGAGUGGACACUAGAGAGAGAGAGAGAGAGAGAGAUGAAACGAAGAGAAGGGCCAGACAAGAGAAAAGAGACGGCAUAGAUAGUUGUGUAUAAAAGCAAGGGCGGGCCGAUGACGAUGGGAGCAAAGGAUAAUAGUAAUGUUUAAAUGAAUUUAGCCAGCCAAUCCUGCAAGGAAGAAGGUAGUUGGCAACAACGUGGCAUUACUGAUGUAAAAAAAAGAAACCCCCCGGUGGAGAGGAUAUUUAGGCUAGGGAAAACAAUAUGUGUUGUGGGAAGAAAAGUAAUCUUUUGGGGUGUGAGUGUGGUGUGUCCAAUCGCCCCACGAAGAGCAGCUCAGUAUGUGGCAAUGUAGCAGGGGAGAGCGAGCAAAAAAGAAGACGCCGUUAAUGUGACAAGUGAUAGUGAAAAAUAUGAGGUGUGUUUGUGUGUCUGUGUACUACUACUACUACUACUAGUGCUCUAGCUCUAGCUGCUGCGCCUGAUGACUAUUAAGAAGAAGAAAAAAAAGGAAAACAAAAGCUUUCUCUCUGUUCUCUCGAAAGUAAGUCUGUAAACAUUUGAAUGGGGAUGGGUGGAGGAGAAGACGGAGAAGAAAGGAUAUAUGGAGAGUGUUCAGUGUGGUGAAGGUUUAGCUAACUUUGACUGCGACACAGCCGUGCAAGCACAGCAGGACAGGAAGAAGAGAUAGGUGUGUUGCUGUAUGUGUUAGACUUAUAAAUAGGCAAAAGAAUGCAAUGGAUAUAGGAAGUGAAGCCCACACCACGUGGUACGGUGGAUUUAGAAUAUUAAAGUACACGUGAAAGAUGAUACACAACAACAACACACUUAUACACGUUGGGAAGAGUGAAGAAGCUGCUUGAAUAUGCGAUCCCACAUUUCGUCUUGCAUCAUCUAACGUAUGAUCCAGUUUAGCGUGUUAUUGUGACUAUAUACUAAACCAGAAACUAAACACAAAACAAACCAUCAAAUGAAAAAAAACAACUAAACAUACAACUAUACAACCUUUACACAGCCAGCGGCAGUAAGAGCCCGAAAUAGAAGCAAACUCAAACUCAAACUAACUUAAUCGUCAUCAUCCCCGGCUGUAGCGGUUUAAUACUAGGAACAGUACUGAAUAUCUACACCUACUAACGAAGCAGAGUGGAAGAGGGAUAAGAAAAACCACUUCCCACGCGUACAGCAACAAAAACAAGUAACAACAACAAGAUAACAAUUUACAGAAGUAAAAAAAAAAACACACACACACAACUUAUACAUUAUAUAUACAUGUGUAUGUAGGUGUAAGGCAUAACAGAAGCAGAAGGUGUAGAAGCAUAAAUAGUGCAACGAAAAUGAAUUACUAGCAGAAGAAGAAAUUUAACUGUUUUUUGGGGGCGAGUGGGGAUGAAAAAAAGCAUCGAUCCUACAAACAUAAACCCCCGAGGCAGCCCCCCGGCAUAGUAAAAACGCAAGAAAAAAAAACACAUUAAACAAAAACCACUCGAUAAUCCCCUUCGGUGUGGUUUACAUUACGGUUACUUUAAGUUUAAUAAGUAGACCAAGGAGAAGAAAACAAAACGGAAAUCGAGAAAUAUGAUAAACAGGAUGCUUUUUUGUGUGUAUGUGUUUGAAAAACAAACACUAAACGGUGGAAGCAAGCUAAGUAUGACGACUGCAAACACACACACACACACAUGAUGUUGGUGGCGAAAAACAGAAAAUAUUGGGUUUAGAUUAAGGUGUGAUAAUGGAAGGAUGGCAAGGAAAUGAAAGGAAGCGAUGUGAAGAAAGCUAAAAGGAACGUUAGUAUAGCGCCACACACCUGUACGGCGAAGAAACACGCUGAAACAACUGAAAAGAGAGAGAGAGAGAAACGAGAAGGGAAAGGAGAGGGAAAAACAUAACGAAACACACACACACACUCUCUCUCUCUCCUUCAAUCAACAGCUGCAUACAAUACACAAUACAUAAAUUACAGCAUAAAUAGUACGAUCGGGAUCGGGUGCCUGUGCAAUUGAUGGGUUUUCUGCAUGCGUGCGUGACGAAUGAAUGUGGUUUACCGUAUAUAAUUAAUAGCAUUACAAAACAAUGGCGCCAGGACAGUGGCGCGUGUGAGUGGACAAGGAAGAGAACGUAAGAAAUGAAGGAAAGGUUGUUGCGCUGCCCACCACACGUGUGUUGUUGGGCGCGGGAAAGGGUUCAGAUGGCUGAGUUCGUGUGUUGGAAAGGACGGAAACGAAAGGAGAAAAGAAGGACAAGAAAAGGAAGUAAUGACAUUUAAGAAUAUUUAGUAAUUAGUAACCAUCGUAAAGUGAAGGAGAAGAAAACACACAUUACAAAACAAGAGAAACAAACAAACAAUAUACAUAAACACUAAAAAAAAAACUAGAAGUGGAUAGAGGAAAACAAAAACACACUACUGAUAAAAAGAAAUGAAAAAGAAAGUAAAGUAAAACGGAAUGUGUGUUGCACUUUAAUGUGCAAAUGGUAAUAGCAAAACAAUUACAGCAGCUACAAAACAAACAAACAAACAAACAAAAAAAAAUGAUAAGGAUCGAAUACGUACACAGAAGAAGGAAGCGAGCGGCUCAAAAACCCGCUCAACUCCGUGGCUUGGAAUGAGAUGAUAAAUGGAGAAAGAGUAGAGAGAGUAGUAACGCUUGCUUGCAGGCAGGAGAGGCAACAUAUACAGACUCAUAUACAUUACCCUUUAUCGAGAUGGAUCGGCAUCCAAGCCCGCGGAAUGGGAGAAGAUAAGGAGAGCGGGCGUGUUGUGGGUUGACAACAAUGGGACAACAACCGCGCACCACACACUCUCCUGAUCUUCAACAACGACCCGGACGCGGCUUGGAAAGGAAUGGGACACACUACCAGCAGAUGCAGAUGGGAAAACAGAAUGAAGUUUCGCUAUAACGAUUGAAGAGAAUAAAUCAUGUAAAACCGA